AUGAAGUAUCAAACACCAUUUCAUGAGGUUAUAUCCAAAAUCAAAGGAGUAUUUGAAGGGAGGAAUUUCUUGGUAUCCAACGAUUCAAUCAGUUGGCACUAUGUUCACACAUUACGAAUAACAAAUGAAGGCCAAAUGACGUCAACAGACGAGGAAGGGGAGCAGUAUAUUUUAUUAAAGUCCUUGCAAUCGUGUUACGUCCAGAUAAUACCACACUUAAAUAAUAAGCAACAACAACAGCCGCCAGCCAGAAGAAUUCUUACCAGAAAGGCUAGCUCAUUGUCUAAUAACUCAGACCAUUCCGUCAACGAGGAACCACCGGUGGUUUACAUCAAAACAUAUGAUAAUGAAAAAUUGUAUAUUAAAAUUCCGAUCAAAACUAAUUUUGUUAACUUAAUGCCAUGUUUACUAGUCUGGCAGGCAUUGAAACCUCAGACCUUAGCCAAAAAAUGGUACUGUGAAAAUAAAGUAACCUCUACGAAUGGAUCGGUUGUUCACGAAGUAUUGGUUUGCAGGUUCAAGAUCUUCGGUCCAAUUCCAUCUAAAUCGAAGAAUAUAAAGGUAGUACCUGGGACUAAGGCACCAGUAUAUCAACCGAAAGGAGAUUCUACGUUUGACUCCCAGAUUGACGGAAUGAAUGGUAACAGCAAUUUAAAUUACUCACAGGGAGAUAACGUUAACGAAGGAUGGUUUUAUACUAUGGGUGUAUUGAAAUCAAAUGGUAUAUUAAACUUUAUUACAGAAUUGGAUGGUACUUUACUAUAUUCUAUAGAUAUGAAGCAAAUUUUGUCUUCCGAGAUUAGGCAAGUUCACCAUUCAAUUUUCGAUAACUCGAACGUAUUAUUCAUUGGGAAUAUUAAAGAAUUAAGAUCAAACAAUUGCAUCAAGGCUAUUAGUUAUCCUAAUGAUACCAAUUCCUUUUUAUUUAAGGAUGGUAAAACCGUUACAAGCUACCAACGUAUAUUAAUAGAAUUUCCGUUACAUAUAGAUUUGGAAGAUUGGUUUGUGGGAUUAAAUUACUUUUCUAUGAGGGAAUAUAUCGGAUCUUAUAGUCCAAGACUGUCUCCAUUGAACCAACGAUCAAACCAAGAGAAUUCUAAUAUUGAUACUUCCACAACAACACAAGAUCCGGUGCCAUUAUCUGAUUACAGCAAGGAAAACUUACGGGUAUCUAAAAAGGUAUUUAUUGACAUAAUAGAGGCUAAGCUUGAUGAGUUCCCUAGAACUUCAAACCCGGGAAAGAUAUAUGCAGAAGUCAUAAUGUGGGGGUUGCCGUGGUCAAGAACAGCAUUAGUAUCGUAUUCAGAAAAUCCAUUUUGGAAAGAGGAAUUUGUUACUGAUUUACCGAUACUGACGCAAAUGAUUCAUAUUUUAAUCAAAAAAUUGUCUUCGAAUGAAUCUACUUACCUGCCUAAUGACAAAUUAAUAGGUACAGUCUAUCUUACGCCGGAUAUUUUAACUAAGCAAAUGAAUACUAGUUCUACCAUGAUGAUGGGUUCUGCUUUGGGAAACUCGAUAAACGUUAAUGGCCUUCAACUGACCGAUAGUAGUACCACAAACAAUGAUAUUGUUAGACUAGCCAUUUAUGAUUCAUCUAAUUUACCGAUAGGGAAAUUACUAUUAAACGUAAAGUUAAAGGAACAUCAUAUUUUACCGCCCAAGGUUUAUAAGCCGCUAGAGAACAUGUUACUUAAUGCUCCUAUGAAGGAUUUAAUCAAGUUUUGUAAUGAAAAUGUUCAAACAUCAGAAUUUGAAAAUGUUAGUUUGAUUAUGCUAGACAUAUUUCAAAGUUUAGGUAUUGAGGAUAGGUGGUUUAAGUCUUUAAUGGAAGUUGAAUUGGUGAGUGUAGACAAAAUGACGAGAAAGAAUUACACGUCUAAUAGAAGAAGUAGAGACCAUGGAGCUCAAACAAAUAAUAAUUCUAGCUCUAGUAAUAAUGUCUUUAAUACCUUAUUCAGAGGCUUAUCUAUCUUCUCGAAAUCCUUAGAAAUGUAUAAUUUGAGAAUUGGGCAAGAAUAUUUAGAAAAAGUUUUCGGCGAGUUUAUGAGCAAGAUAUCAUACGAGAAGAAAGAUUGUGAAACAGAUCCAAGAUAUAUAAGGUUACAAUUGAAGGCUGAGCGUAGAGGUAAGACAAUUGAUGAUGCCGAUUUGGAAAGCGAUGAUGAUUCUGAUGAGUAUGACUCUGAUGUUGAGAAAGAAGAUGAAGAAUUGAUUAAAGAAAAAGUUAACACAAACUUCAGAAAUUUAUACAAUUAUGCGGAAGAAGUUUGGAACAAAAUCUAUAUAACAAGUAAUGAUCUUCCACAGCAAAUAAAAUAUCAAUUAAAGAAUUUCAGAACCAAAGUUGAGUUGAGCUGUGAUCCCGAUGAUAAGGUCACUGCGUUGAAUUGUUUGAGUUCCUUUAUUUUCUUGAGAUUUUUUUGCCCAGCAAUUUUAAAUCCUAAAUUGUUCUACCUUACGAAAGAUCAUCAAACUGGGAAAAGUCAAAGGACCUUAACAUUGAUUGCAAAGAUUUUAUUGAAUUUAGCAAAUAGGCAAGAGUUUUCGGCUCAUAAAGAACCGCAUUUAGUUAAAAUGAAUUCGUUUUUGGAAAACCAUAAAAGUGACUUACUUGAAUACUUUGACAAAAUAACUGGGAGAAAGAAUGAUUUCAAUGAAAAGAUCUUAGAUUUAUCGCAUGAAGUUAAAAGAUUUGACUUGGGGAUAUCUGGCGAUAAGUCCUCGCUGGAGUUGCCAACAACUCCCUAUUUGAUUGAUAAGUACUUAAGAUUGACAGAAUUAAUAUACUUGCUAGAUUUCACUAAGGUGAAAUCCUUCAGCUACUUAAAUACCCCAAGUUCCCAAAAUGGCCUUGUCAACUCGGGAUCUUCAGUCAGUAUUCAAAGUUCUAUAUCGUGCAAUGGCCAAAGUGGAAAUAACAACAAUAAUAACAAUGGUUCUUUUGACGAAAUUCAUCUCAACAACGAAAGAAAUGUUUAUCAGAUUGGUUCUUUGGAAUUCGAAAAGUCUGAGUUUUUAGAUUUGGCCGGUGAUAAUGACACCGAGGGUUUCAUAAAAUCCUUGUGCCGUAGUAACGAAAACAUAUUUUCAUUUAUCACGUCAGACAUUACCUUAAAGGAUUUACAAAAAGAAUGUGCAAACCUUACCAGCAUCAUAACCGAUUUAGAAGCUUAUUUGGAGAAAUACGAAUACCCAAGUAACUACCUUUCUAAAACUUCUUUAUGGGACGCCUUUACUAAUGAUAUACUUUCAAAAGCCUACUUGGAUACCAACAGAAAUUGUAUUAUUCACCUCGAUAGGAUGGACACCCUGGUUCCAAGUAACCUAAAAAAAUUAACUGAAAAUGCUUUCACUGUUUUAAAGCUUAAAUUUCCUGAAACGAGGUUCCAAAAUGAAUCUUCCUAUGGAGCUGGUAUGACUCAAUCUCUCAGUACAAACUCAUUAGGUAGCAUUAUGAAAUCUUCCUCAAAGAAUCCAUUCAAGAAAUGGUUAAGAAAGACCUAA